AUGGUAUCUGAAGGAGUGGUAUUUGGUGCCGCCGAUUAUGUUGUGUUUGCUCUUGUGCUGGCGGUGUCUGCAGCAAUCGGGGUAUUUUAUGCAUUUUGGGGAAACAGACAGAAAACAACGGGAGAGUUUCUGAUGGGAGGACGAGAUAUGAAAAUUGUGCCCGUCGCCAUUUCCAUCCUCGUGUCCUUCAUGUCCGCCAUCUUGAUUCUGGGAACCCCUGCUGAGAUGUAUCGAGAAGGGACGCAGUACUACCUGUACACGUUUGGAUUAAUUGGUGCCAUUGUGAUAUCUGCCGUGUUGUACGUCCCCCUCCUGUAUCCGCUGAAGUACACAAGCUCAUUUGAGUAUCUGGAGAAACGCUUCAACUCCCGGGCUGCCAGACUGACGGGAACAGGCAUGAUGAUAGUCAAACAAGUGACGUAUAUGGGCGUGGUGUCAUUGGCUCCGUCGACAGCGUUAGAAGCAGUCACUGGCUUUCCAACAUGGGCCACGAUAAUCACAGUCGGCCUGGUGUCCACGUUCUACACCUGUCUGGGAGGAAUGAAAGCAGUUGUGUGGGCAGACGUUUUUCAGUCCGUUGUGAUGCUUGCCGGGAUACUAGCUAUAAUCGUCAGAGGAGCGUAUGUCGUGGGAGGAUUGGGUGAGGUGUGGAGAGUGAACGAAGAAUGGGGGAGGAUUCAGUUCUUUGACUUUGACCCCGACCCAACUGUGCGUCAGUCCUUCUGGUCACUGGUCAUCGGAACGGCGAUCACCUGGUCCUAUACCUACGGCCUGAGUCAGGUGACCGCCCAGCGGUACAGCAUGCUGCCCACACUGCAGCAAGCGAGACUAUCAGUGAUUCUGAACAUUGUCGGGGUCAUCCUGCUGAUGACCUCCGUGUGUCUGGCAGGGAUCAUCAUGUUUGCGUACUACGCUAAGAAAGGAUGUGAUCCGCUGUUUGCGAAAAAAGUCAGCAACGCGAACCAAUUGAUGGCCUACUUUGUGCUUGAGGUGCUGGGGUACCCCGGGGUCCCGGGACUGUUCAUCGCCUGUCUCUUCUGUGGGGCACUCAGCACAAUGUCCUCCUCCCUGAGCGCCCUGGCUGCCGUGUUCUGGGAGGACGUCCUAAAACCUCCCCUUGGGGACAAACUAACAGAGGCCCAGAAAACACUCACCACCAAGCUGCUUGUGCUGGUUUUCGGUGGUGCGGGUAUUGGCGUGUCCUUCCUUACAAUACACCUAGGUGGAACAAUCUUACAGGUGUGUCUCAGCUUCACGGGUGCGGCUGCUGGUCCCCUGCUGGGGAUGUUCAUCCUCGGCGCCUUCUUCCCGUGGUCCAACUGGCUGGGAGCUGUGGUCGGCGGUGUUCUGGGGCUGGUGUUUCCUCUGUGGAUCUCUAUAGGAGCCUACACAGUUGUAGGAACACCGUCUGGCCUUGAGUACCCCACCCACAACUGCAGCAUCCCCAACAUCACCAUGACGACCACAAUGUCCACCGUCAUGCCAACAGAUGAAGCCGCUGUGCAGCAGUGAGUACGCUGAUGUCGU